AAAUCAUUACAUUGUACAAUAACUCUUUCUCUGUCUCUCCCUUAGUGAGUCCAGUAUAUGCCAGGCUCGGGCCACGGUGAUGAUCUAUGAUGAUGCGGAUAAGAAGUGGCUCUCGGCAGGAACAGGGCCUCAGGUCUUCAGCAGGGUCCAGAUCUACCACAACCCCUCCACUAACGCCUUCAGAGUGGUGGGACGCAAGAUGCAGACAGAUCAACAGGUUGUGUGUGUGUGUGUGCGUGCGUGCGUGCACGUCUAUAUUUACAUUAUCUAUGACUAUGGGUUAAAGUGUGUGUGAAUGCAUGUUUCACUGAUUGUGUGUGUGUUUGGUCUUGUGUGAUGUUGUACAUCAACAGCUGCACACCUCUAGUACCAACAAGCCCUGCCAGCUGUAGAACUGUGAAUCAGCCCUUUCUCCACCUGUGGCCAUGUGCAGGCAGACUAACACCCACUAACUUCCUCUGUGAUGCAAGCACAGACACCCUACCACAGGUUCUCUGUGCUGGGUCAACGAGCUGUAUUCUGUCUCCUAUAGUUCACCCAUCAGGGCCAGCAGGCUAGUACGGGCCUGGGUGGCACGGAGCACAUGGGGCCUAUCAAUACUUACACCUCCUGUACUGUCACAGCUUUAACAAUAGAACAAGACAAACAACACUAUAUAUACUGAACAAAAAUAUAAAUGCAACAUGUAAAGUGUUGGUCCCAUGUUGCAUUUAUAUAUUUUUAUAUAUUUUUUAGGCGACGUGGCUGGGUAAUAUCUAACAAUUUCACAACAUAUACCCAAUACACACAAAUCUAAGUAAGGAAUGGAAUUAAGAAUAUAUACAUAUAUGGAUUAACAAUGACAGAGCGGCAUGGACUAAGAUACAGUAGAAUAUUAUAGAAUACAGUAUAUACAUAUGAGAUGAGUAAUGCAAGAUAAGUAAACAUUAUUAAAGUGACUAGUGUUCCAUUUCUUAAAGUGGCCAGUGAUUUCUAUAGGCAGCAGCAGCCUCUAAUGUGCUAGUGAUGGCUAUUUAACAGUCUGAUGGCCUUGAGACAGAAGCAGUUUUUCAGUCUCUCAGUCCCAGCUUUGAUGCACCUGUACUGACCUCGCCUUCUGGAUGAUAGCGGGGUGAACAGGCAGUGGCUCGGGUGGUUGAUGUCCUUGAUGAUCUUUUUGGCCUUCCUGUGACAUCGGGUGCUGUAUGUGUCCUGGAGGGCGGGUAGUUUGCCCCCGGUAAUGCGUUCGGCAGACCGCACUACCCUCUGGAGAGCCUUGCGGUUGCGGUCGGUGCAGACAGGAUGCUCUCAAUUGUGUAUCUGUAAAAGUUUGUGAGGGUUUUAGGUGCCAAUCCAAAUUUCUUCAGCCUCCUGAGGUUGAAGAGGCUCUGUUGCGCCUUCUUCACCACACUGUCUGCGUGGUGGACCAUUUCAGUUUGUCAGUGAUGUGUAUGCCAAGGACCUUGAAGCUUUCCACCUUCCCCACUGCGGUCCCGUCAAUGUGGAUAGGGGGGUGCACCCUCUGCUGUUUCCUGAAGUCCACAAUCAUCUCCUUUUUGUUUUGUUGACGUUGAGUGUGAGGUUAUUUUCCUGGCACCACACUCCCAGAGCCCUCACCUCCUCCCUGUAGGCUGUCUCGUCAUUGUUGGUAAUCAAGCCUACUACUGUUGUGUCAUCUGCAAACUUGAUGAUUGAGUUGGAGGCGUGCUUGGCCACGCAGUCAUGGGUGAAAAGGGAGUACAGGAGGGGGCUGAGCACGCACCCUUGUGGGGCCCCAGUGUUGAGGAUCAGCGAAGUGGAGAUGUUGUUCCCUACCUUCACCACCUGGGGGCGGCCCAUCAGGAAGUCUUGGACCCAGUUGCACAGGGCAGGGUUCAGACCCAGGGCCUCGAGCUUAAUGAUGAGCUUGGAGGGUACUAUGGUGUUGAAUGCUGAGCUAUAGUCAAUGAACAGCAUUCUUACAUAGGUAUUCCUCUUGUCCAGAUGGGAUAGGGCAGUGUGCAGUGUGAUGGCGAUUGCAUCGUCUGUUGUUCUAUUGGGGCGGUAAGCAAAUUGAAGUGGGUCUUAGGGUGACCGGUAAGGUAGAGGUGAUAUGAUCCUUUACUAGUCUCUCAAAGCACUUCAUGAUGACAGAGGUGAGUGCUACGGGGCGAUAGUCAUUUAGUACAGUUACCUUUGCUUUCUUGGGUACAGGAACAAUGGUGGCCAUCUUGAAGCAUGUGGGGACAGCAGACUGGGAUAGAUUGUAUAUGUCCGUAAACACACCAGCCAGCUGGUCUGGGCGUGCUCUGAGGACGCAGCUAGAGAUGCCGUCUGGGCCGGCAGCCUUGCGGGGGUUAACAUGCUUAAAUGACUUAACCACGUCGGCCACGGAGAAGGAAAGCCCACAGUCCUUGGUAAUGGGCCGCGUCAGUGGCACUGUGUUAUCCUCAAAGCGGGCAAAGAAGGUGUUUAGCUUGUCUGGAAACAAGACGUCGGUGUCGGCGAUGUGGCUGGUUUUCCUUUUGUAGUCCGUGAUUGUCUGUAGACCCUGCCACAUACGUCUCGUGUCUGAGACGUUGAAUGGCAACUCCACUUUGUCUCUAUACUGAUGUUUUGCCUGUUUAAUUGCCUUGCGGAGUGAAUAGCUACACUGUUUGUAUUCCGCCAUAUUCCCAGUCACCUUGCCAUGGUUAAAUGCGCUGGUUUGCGCUUUCAGUUUUGCGCGAAUGCUGCCAUCUAUCCACCGUUUCUGGUUAGGGUAGGUUUUAAUAGUCACAGUGGGCACAACAUCUACUAUAAACUUCCUGAUAAACUCAGUCAAUGUUUCAGUGUAUUCGUUGAAAUAAUUUUUGCAAGCUACCCGGAACUUAUCCCAGUCCGCGUGAUCAAAACAAUCUUGAAGUGUGGAUUCCGAUUGGUCAGACCAGCGUUGAAUAGUCCUUAGCACGGGUACUUCCUGUUUUAGUUUCUGCCUAUAGGAAUGGAGGCGUGGUCAGAUUUGCCGAAAGGAGGGCGGGGGAGGGCCUUAUAAGCAUCCCGGAAGUUAGAGUAGAAAUGGUCGAACUUUAGCAGCCCGAGUACAACAGUCGAUAUGUUGAUAGAACUUCGGCAGCCUAGUCCUCAAAUUUGCUUUGUUAAAAUCCCCAGCUACAAUAAAUGCAGCCUCAGGAUAUGUGGUUUCUUUGAGGGCUUGGUAUUGGCUUGAGGGGGGGGAUAUACACGGCCGUGACUAUAACCGAAGAAAAUUAUCUUGGGAGAUAAUACGGUCGGCAUUUGAUUGUGAGGUAUUCUAGGUCGGGUAAACAAAAGGACUUGAGUUACUGUAUGUUACUACAAUUACACCAUGAGUCGUUAAUCAUGAAAUACACACCUCUGCCCUUCUGCUUCCCGGAGAAAUAUUUAUUUCUGUCUGCGCGAUGAACUGAGAACCCAUCUGGCUGGACCGAUUUCGACAAAAUAUCCAGAGAGAGACAUGUUUUCGUGAAACAAAGUAUAUUACAGGUCCUGAUGUCUCUCUGGAAAUAAAUCCUUGCCCUGAGCUCAUCGACUUUGUUAUCAAAAGACUGAACUUUAGCGGGUAGUAUGCGCGCCUCCUAAGUCGAACCUGCAGGCCGCUUCGAGUGCCUCUCCUCCGCCGGCGACGUUUUGGGUUAGCCGCUGGAAUCAGUUCAAUUGCCCUGGGGAGAGCAAACAAAGGAUCUGCUCCGGGAAAGUCGUAUUCCUGGUCGUAAUGCUGGUAGUUCUGGUGAGUUACUGCCGCUAUGAUAUCCAAUAGUUUUUCCCGGCUGUAUGUAAUGAUACAAAACACUUUCUGAGCUAAUAAUGUAAAAAAUAAUACAUAAAAAAACAAAAUAGAAAAGUUUCCUAAGAUCUAGUCGUGAGGCCACUAUCUUCGUCGGCGCUACCAUAAGCACCUCCAUUGUUUUAGAGCAUUUGGCAGUAUGUCCAACUGGCCUCACAGCCACAGACCACGUGUAACCUCCCGAGUGGUGCAGUGGUCUAAGGCACUGCAUCGCAGUGCUAGCUGUGCCACUAGGGAUCCUGGUUCGAAACCAGGCUCUGUCGUAGCCGGCCGCGACCGGGAGACCCAUGGGGCGGCGCACAAUUGGCCCAGCGUCGUCCAGGGGAGGGGAGGGAAUGGCCGGCAGGGAUGUAGCUCAGUUGGUAGAGCAUGGCGUUUGCAACGACAGGGUUGUGGGUUUGAUUCCCACGGGGGGCCAGUAUGAAAAAUGUUUAUAAUGUAUGCACUCACUAACUGUAAGUCGCUCUGGAUAAGAGCGUCUGCUAAAUGACUAAAAUGUCAAAUGUAACCACGCCAGCCCAGGACCUCCACAUCCGGCUUCUUCACCUGCGGGAUCAUCUGAGGCCAGCCACCCGGAUAGCUGAUUAAACUGAGGAAUAUUUCUGUCUGUAAUAAAGCCCUUUUGUAUUGAAAACUGAUUGGCUGGGCCUGGCUCCCCAGUGGGUGGGCCUGUGCCCUCCCAGGCCCACCCAUUGCUGCGCCCCUGCCCAGUCAUGUGAAAUCUAUAGAUUAGGGCCUAAUGAAUUGAUUUAAAUGGACUGAUUUCCUUAUAUGAACUGUAACUCAGUAAAGUCGUUGAAAUUGUUGCAUUUAUAUUUUUGUUCAGUAUAGAUACAGUAUCUCACCACCCCAUCCCCCUCUAUCUCUUCCCCCUCUCCCUCUAUCUCUCCGUAUCAUCCUCUCAUUAAACAUCCAGUCGCCUGAGUGUACCCCAUAGAUGUAUCUUAAAGUGGAGUAUGUUUCCUGAGAGGUAGUUGGCCAGCUCAACCACUUCCUGUGACAAUUAUGGAUGCCUUCCCCCUCUCUCCAUCUCUGUUGCCUCUCUCUGUGUUUGUGUCUCUCCCUCCCCUUCGUUCUCUCUUGCUCUCUCGCUCUCUCUCUUUCUCUCUGAGUAUCUCUGUCCCCUCUCUCUGUGUCUGUGUCUCCCUCUCUUUCUCUCUCUCUCUCCCCGAGUAUCUAUAUCCCCUCCCUCUGUGUCUGCGUCUCUCUCUCUAACUCCCUGACUCUUUUGGCGCGGGGAGUUUAGGCACUCGCUCGCUCCUCCGCUCUGUGGAAUUCAGGGAUUGUAAAACAGAAACGAUGCAUCAGCACAUUCAGACUGAGUCACUCAAACCCAGAGCACCGUGGCUUGUAUUGAAUCACCAGGCUGGUGCCAUCUGCUGGACUGAUAUAGACCUAGGGUGCAUUUCUCUUGUCCAAGCUGGCUUCCUCUCCAUGAUCUGAAAGCACAGGCUGAGUGCAAUAUGAAAAAAGCUUUCAAUUAGGGAAGAUGGAGGAGAGGAGACCAUGCCACAUUAGACUGAGAUGCACCCUAAACACUAACACUUAGGGCUGGGUGAUAUAUCGUGUAUACCGGAAUGGAUCCACAUACCGGUAUGGAUUUGUAUCACUGAGUGUUUGUAUUAAUGUCUAAUAUUUCCAUUACCAAUGUAGUUUCUUCCAUACAACAUGAGUAAAGACCGUUCACUUCUCUAAAAUCUACAGUUUGUCCAUUUCAACUAUACAGAUCAUCACCUUGUUUCUUGAUAAAGAAGUGGUAUCCAUGAUAUGCCAAUGUUGGGAGUGUCAUGUCUUGACUCCGACCCCCUUCUCUCUAAGGUGGUGAUUAACUGUCCGAUUGUGAAAGGCCUGAAGUACAAUGAGGCCACGCCCAACUUCCACCAGUGGCGGGACGCGCGGCAGGUGUGGGGGCUCAACUUCGGCAGUAAGGAGGAUGCCGCCCUCUUCGCCAACGGAAUGGCCCACACACUGGAAGUGCUCAACUCCCUGGCAGACGCAGGUACUAUUAGAAUGGAUCGUACAUGCAGCCUCAACAUGCAUGACAACAUGCUUUGCAAUACCUAAAGGCACAGCACUGUCUGAGAAAGAAUUUAGAGAGAUGCAUGUGUGGAAACAUGAGCAUGGCUUGCAUUUCACAGCUUUCUUCUUAAGUCAUACUAAGAAAAUCUCUUUCCCCUCUCUAUCUCCAGGUUAUGCUACCCUCCCCCGCCCAGUGUCAAAUGGACCCUCCCCAGAGGAGCUGGAACAGCAGCGGAGGUACCAAGUGUGGGAUAUCUGGGGUGGGGUGGGGAGGGGGGAGAACAGUACACUCACCUUUACUACCAGAUUGAGUUGUAAUUAAGGGUCAAUACAAGUAUCAAGACAAGACAGCUUCGUAUGACCAGAGUCCCACUGACCUGGUUUUACAUAACCACACAUGCACACUGACUCAAAGGAUUUAUCGGCAUUAGCCUUACGCCGCUUAGCCCUCAGCCAGCCUCUUGAGGUCAUAGGUUGAAAAGCUAAAGAAGGUCAACUCCUCUUUGACAUCGAAAUCCAUUCUUUCCCACCAACUCCUCUACCUGUGGACCCCAUACUCGCCAAGGAUACGCCCAUCUUUACCCCUAAUCUCAUUUAGUCUAAUGGGCAAUAUGACACACUGGGGAGGCUCUGGGAUAGGCUGCCGAGUUUGUCCGUCAAAUGGUGGUAGUAAUGGUCACAGAUAUGAGUGUCAAGCUGGUGCCAACGGAGAAGACCGACAUCUUACGAGUUCCAACUCCUUUGCUAUAUAGUGACUUUUAUCGUGUAUAUAUUUCCUUUUAUUUGUACAGAAAGUUCAUACUAUUAUCACAUAUGACCGCCAAGCACUUCUGGACAUCAGAUUGACAGUUACUAACCUCGAUUUUGACUUCAAAUACGACUUCAACUCCGACUCAGCUGUUCCACUGUUCAUACCGGACCCUAUUACCGUUGUUCCAUGGGCUACCAAAAUGCUGCAGGCGUAGACACGGGAGACGAGGCGGCGUUCUGGUAAAAUUGAGGCGAAUAGAAAACCGAACGGCGCUCCCCUCCGUUUUAUUGGCAAAUGUCCAGUCACUCAAGAAAAAGAUGGGAGACUCUCGAACGAAGCUCAUCCAUCAGAGAGACUUGAAAAGCUGCAAUAUGUCUUACUGAAACGUGGCUGGAUGAUGACGCUAUGCACGUAGUACUCGGUGGAUUCUCCAUGCAGCGGCAGGAUCGGACGGUGGCUUCGGGGAAGUCGAAAGGAAGUGGAGUGUUUUUUCAUAAAUAACAACUGGUGUGCUGCUUCAAGUGUGAAGGAAAUCUUUAGCUUUUGCUCACCUGAUAUAGAAUACCUCAUGGUAAGCUACAGACCAUUUGAUCUACCAAGAGUUCUCAUCUGUAAUUAUCAUGGCUGUCUACAUCCCUCCGCAAGCAAACACCACUCUGGCACUCAACGAACUGUAUGGGGCCAUAAACAAAAAAGAAACCGCUCACCCAGAGGCAGCGUUUCUGGUGGGCAGAGACUUUAACGCGGGGAGACAUAAACCUGUCCUACCUCACUUCUACCAACAUGUAACCAGCGCCACUAGGGGCGCUAUAACUCUAGACCACUUUUAUUCUACCCACAGAAGUGCAUACAAGGCCCUCCCUCGUCCUCACUUCGGCAAAUUUGACCAUGACUUCAUUCUCCUGCUUCUUUUUUACAAACAAAAGCUCAAACAGAAGUACCAGUGAUGCGCUCAAUAUGAAAGUGGUCGGAUGAAGCAGACGCGAGGCUACAAGACUGUUUUGCUAGUACAGACUGGGAUAUGUUCCGGGAUUCAUCCAAUAGCAUUGACGAGUUUACCACAACAGUCACGGGCUUCAUCAAUAAGUGCAUAGACGAUGUCGUCCCCACAGUGACUAUAAGAACAUAUCCAUACCAUAAACCAUGGAUUACAGGCAAUAUCCACGCUGGGCUAUAGCUACCCGCUUACAAGGAACAGGACACAGACAUGGACGCAUACAAGAAAGCCCACUACGACCUCUGACGAGACAUCAAACAUGCAAAAGGACAAUAUAGGAUAAAGGUGGAAUCCUAUUACACCGGCUCCAACGCUCGUCGUAUGUGGCAGGGCUUGCAGACGAUAACGGAUUACAAAAGGAAACCCAGCCAUGAGUUGCCCAGCGACGCAGAACUCCCAAACGAGUUAAAUACCUUUUUUAUGCUCAUUUCGAGGCAUAUAACACUGUGCCUUGCGUGAAAGCCCCUGUUUUCCGGAUGACUGUGUGAUCUCGCUCUCCGUGGCUGAUGUGAGCAAAAUGUUUAAACAGGUUAACAAACACAAGGCUGCCGAGCCAGUCGGAAUACCAGGGGAUGUUCUCAAAGCAUGCGCAGACCAGCUUGCAAGUGUCUUCACAGACAUUUUGAAUCUCUCCUUGUCCCAGUCUGUAAUCCCAACAUGUUUCAAGUUGACCACCAUUGUCUCUGUUCCCAAGAGCUCUAAGGUAUCCUGCCUAAAUGACUAUCGCCCUGUAGCACUCACAUCUGUAAUGAUGAAGUGCUUUGAAAGGCUGGUCAUGACACACAUCAACACCAUCAUUCCAGACACCCUAGACCCACUCAAAUUCACAUACUGCCCCAACAGAUCCACAGAUUACGCAAUCUCAAUUGAACUUUACACUGCCGUCUCCCACCUGGAUAAGAGGGGAAAUAACUGUGAGAAUGCUGUUCAUAGACUACAGCUCAGCGUUCAACACCAUAGUCUCCUCCAAGCUCAUCACCAAGCCAAGGACCCUGAGACUGAACCCCUCCCUCUGCAACUGGAUCCUGGACUUCCUGACUGGCCGGACCCAGGUGGUGAGGGUAGGUAACAACACCUCCACCACGCUGACCCUCAACAUGGGGGGUCCCUCAGGGGUGUGUGCUUCGUCCCCUCCUGUACUCCCUGUUCACCCACGACUGCGUGUCCACCAUCAUCAAGUUUACUGACGACACGAUGGUGGUAGGCCUGAUCACCGAUGGCGAUGAGACUUAGCAAUGUGGUGCCAGGUCAACAACCUCUCUCCCCUCAACGUCAGCAAGACAAAGGAGCUGAUCAUGGACUACAGGAGAAAGAGAGCAGAGCACGCCCCCAUCCACAUUGACGGGGCUGUUGUGGAUUGGGUCGAGAGCUUCAAGUUCCUUAGCGUCCACAUCACUAAGGACUUAACAUAGUACACACACACCCGCCCAGUCGUGAAGAGGGCACGACAGCGCCUCUUCCCACUCAGGAGGCUGAAAAGAUUUGGCAUGGGCCCUCGGAUCCUCAAAAAGUUCUACAGCUGCACCAUUGAGAGCAUUCAGACUGGUUGCAUCACCGCUUGGUAUGGCAAAUGCAACGCCCUUGACCGCAAAGCACUACAGAGGGUGGUGCGCACAGCCCAGUACAUCACUGGGGCGUUGCAUUUGUACAUCACUGGGGCGUUGCAUUUGUACAUCACUGGGGCGUUGCAUGGUGUGUACCAUAUACAGUGAGGGGGAAAAAGUAUUUGAUCCCCUGCUGAGUUUGUACGUUUGCCCACUGACAAAGACAUGAUCAGUCUAUAAUUUUAAUGGUAGGUUUAUUUGAACAGUGAGAGACAGAAUAACAACAAAACAAUCCAGAGAAACGCAUGUCAAAAAUGUUAUGAAUUGAUUUGCAUUUUAAUGAGGGAAAUAAGUAUUUUACCCCUCUGCAAAACAUGACAUAGUACUUGGUGGCAAAACCCUUGUUGGCAAUCACAGAGGUCAGACGUUUCUUGUAGUUGGCCACCAGGUUUGCACACAUCUCAGGAGGGAUUUUGUCCCACUCCUCUUUGCAGAUCUUCUCCAAGUCAUUAAGGUUUUGAGGCUGAUGUUUGGCAACUCGAACCUUCAGCUCACUCCACAGAUGUUCUAUGGGAUUAAGGUCUGGAGACUGGCUAGGCCACUCCAGGACCUUAAUGUGCUUUUUCUUGAGCCACUCCUUUGUUGCCUUGGCCGUGUGUUUUGGUCAUUGUCAUGCUGGAAUACCCAUCCACGACCCAUUUUCAAUGCCCUGGCUGUACCCAAGAUUUGACGGUACAUGGCGCCGUCCAUCGUCCCUUUGAUGCAGUGAAGUUGUCCUGUCCCCUUAGCAGAAAAACACCCCCAAAGCAUAAUGUUUCCACCUCCAUGUUUGACGGUGGGGAUGGUGUUCUUGGGGUCAUAGGCAGCAUUCCUCCUCCUCCAAACACGGCGAGUUAAGUUGAUGCCAAAGAGCUCGAUUUUGGUCUCAUCUGACCACAACACUUUCACCCAGUUCUCCUCUGAAUCAUUCAGAUGUUCAUUGGCAAACUUCAGACGGGCCUGUAUAUGUGCUUUCUAGAGCAGGGGGACCUUGCGGGCGCUGCAGGAUUUCAGUCCUUCACGGCGUAGUGUGUUACCAAUUGUUUUCUUGGUGACUAUGGUCCCAGCUGCCUUGAUCAUUGACAAGAUCCUCCCGUGUAGUUCUGGGCUGAUUCCUCACCUUUCUUACGAUCAUUGCAACUCCACGAGGUGAGAUCUUGCAUGGAGCCCCAGGCCAAGGGAGAUUGACAGUUAUUUUGUGUUCCUUCCAUUUGCGAAUAAUCUCACCAACUGUUGUCACCUUCUCACCAAGCUGCUUGGCGAUGGUCUUGUAGCCCAUUCCAGCCUUGUGUAGGUCUACAAUCUUGUCCCUGACAUCCUUGGAGAGCUCUUUGGUCUUGGCCAUGGUGGAGAGUUUGGAAUCUGAUUUAUUGAUUGCUUCUGUGGACAGGUGUCUUUUAUACAGGUAACAAACUGAGAUUAGGAGCACUCCCUUUAAGAGUGUGCUCCUAAUCUCAGCUCGUUACCUGUAUAAAUAACACCUGGGAGCCAGAAAUCUUUCUGAUUGAGAGGAGGUCAUACUUAUUUCCCUCAUUAUAAUGCAAAUCAAUUUAUAACAUUUUUGACAUGCGUUUUUCUGGAUUUUUUUGUUGUUAUUCUGUCUCUCACUGUUCAAAUAAACCUACCAUUAAAAUUAUAGACUGAUCAUUUCUUUGUCAGUGGGCAAACGUACAAAAUCAGCAGGGGAUCAAAUACUUAUUUCCCUCACUGUACACACCAUAUACACACACUACAUUGUCACUCCCACACACAUUCAGAUACACUACAUACGCACACACACACAUAACACACGUUUACACUCAUUUGCUGCUGCUACUCUGUUCUUUAUUUUACUCGUAUUAUUAUAUAUCCUGAUGCCUAGUCACUUUACCCUGCCUGUACAUACAGCAUCUACCUCAAAUAGCUCGUACCUCUGCACAUUGAUUUGGUACUGGUACUCCCUGUAUGUAGCUCCAUUCUUGUGUAUUUUAUUUUAUUUCUCUUGUGUUACUAUUUUAUUUUUAAACUCUGCAUCAUUGUGAAGGGCUCAUAAGUGUUGUGACGUGACUUUCACUAAUAUGAUGACUGUUAUUUAUAAAAUCAACUAACUACGUUUAAUUGUUACUUGAUUAAAUUGAUCAUGUAACAAUUAACUCAUUAGGAUUUGGGGCACCACGGAAUAAGUUGUUUAUAGAGUUACCAUCUCCCGAAUUAAACUCUAAAAGGUCUUUACCUAUCACUAUGUAUAAAACAGUCAACGUAUCAGUCAUUACCUCUUAUCAGUCAUCAUUCUGAAUGGUCGCAGAAUUCUUGGAUCCGCAAGAACCCCAGCUUUACGUAUGAUUCAGCACUACACAAAUUGGCUUAAUUAUUUAUUUACUAGCUAACUAGUAAGGCUCUGAUUGUCCACCAGAGGUCACAAUGUCCUUCUUCUUUGUUCUGGCUUGUAGUUGAGUGUACUCAGAGCUGAUACUCAGAUGCACCAGUGAUUGUCUGAGAUGGGAUUUUCUCCUUCCCCCUCGUGUGGUUAGUCAAAGUUCUAGAUCACUUUACACGCACAGCUACAGACUGGCAAUGUUCUGGUCUAGUGAGUUUAUCUUUUUCACCUCGUGUUGAGAUUCAAAGGUCUAACCAUUUUAAGCUGUGUAGCCACAGCUCCACGCUUUCUGGUCUAAUGUGAAUUUCGUUACCAAGGCUUUUUAUGCACUCUGGUGAAAGGGGCAUUCCUACUUGCUGACACGGUCUCUGAGCUCACUCGGGGCGUGGCUACUGACUGCAUAGCUUAUAUGAAAACCUAUGAUCUUGUUAGAAAACUAAAAUCGCAUUCCUAUCUUACCAAAAAUGCUUUCAUAAUUUUUCAUUUCUUAUACACAACAUAUUGGAUGAAGACUUGCCAGAUAGAAUGUGUAUAGUUUCCAAAUUACAGUACUUUCUUGAUACCAUCCUUAAUGACAUCACAAAAUAAUAAACAAUAUGACAUGAUUAUUCUUUAGAUCGCCACUGACCAUUCCCCACAUUCUGAUGUUGGAAAUAUUGAUCCAGUGUUCACUUUUUGGACGUAAAAGUUUGCAAAAGUCUUCUGGAGUCAAAACACAUUCCUUUACCAAUACUGAGAGGCAAGGGAGAGAUUCCCCUCCUGCCUAAUUUACAACCGAGUGUUAAGGUGUCAAAACCGGCCCAGCCCCCCUUCCCCUCUUCUGUGGGUGAGAGGGUCUGGUUGUUGUCAGCCAUUUGCCAAGCUGACCUGAGGCCUUUGGAUCCUCAGCCAGGAGAGUCAUGAUAUAAGAAAACAUUUCACAGUAAAGUCUACACCAGCCCUCAGUCAACCAACAGUGCUUUAAAGUGUGUGGCAGCAGCAGCUCUUGUGGGCGACAAUGUGCUGGGGUAGGGGACCUGGAGUGACCCAGAUUAGGGCUUCUUGGGGAUUAGGGCUUCUUGGCCAGAUGUGGACUUUAAUUUCAGUGCUGGACUAAUCAGGAGCUCCUUCACCAACCCAGCAUGGCCGCAUAGUCAGCACAAUUUAAUAACAAAUAUGCUCUUCAGUCUAACACUGCUCCAGAGCCAUUUAUCACAAUUAGACAGUGCCCACUGGGAUUGUUUGAAAAUGGUUGUUGCUUUAAUUAAAGAAUUGCUGGUACAGUUCACUUGCCAUGUCAUUAGUGUGGAAAGAUUAAAACCAAAAUGUAAUUUCUCUGCCAGGCCACCUCUGGCUGGAUACCUCCUUUUCAGGGAGGAUGUGGUAACUUCUCAUUCAGCCCUUCACCAGAUACAACUUUGUUAUAUUAUUUGUGCCUCUUAAUCUGUUGACUGUUUGGGUGUGUUAAUCCCCAUGAGUUUUGACCCUGUAGGCUGGAGCAGCAGAGGCUGGAACAGCAGGAGAGAGAGAGGCAGGAGUGGGAGAGACUGGAGAGAGAGAGACAAGCUGCAACAGGUCAGAGGCACCAUCUUGUGUCAAACAGCCACACUGACAGCAAUACAGUUAGCCUUUUUGAACAAAGCCAUUAUUUUUUUUUACCCAUUCUCUGAACGUAGUAUACUCUGUGACAGUCUCUUACCUUUUUUAUUUUUAGUGCCCACUCCCCCGGCUCCACCGUUGGCCCCCCCAGCACCUCCGGGCCCUCCUCCACCCCCCGGCCCUCCUCAGUCUGGGCCCCCUCCACCCCCUGGACCUCCUCCCCCAGGACCCCCGGCCGCAGGAUCAGGACCCCCACCUGCCCCACCGCUGCCCUCCCCGGGAGGAGAUGGGGGCCUAGGGGGAGGUGCAGGGGGCCUGGCGGCAGCCUUAGCCGGAGCCAAGCUCCGCAGAGUGGCCAAGGUGAGAGAGAGAAAAGAGAAAGAGUGGCCUCAGGAUAAGAAUUAGCAUAACAAUUGUUUUGUAUCUGUUGUAUCUAUCUCCAAAUUUAUGCAACCACCAUUCAUUUCUGAUUUGGACUUCAAUGCCAAUCAUUUUGAAUGCCGAGCCUCUCUGUUUUGUAGUGCUAGCUAGAGCUAAAGGUGGUGUAGCUCAGUUGGUAGAGCAUGGCGUUUGCAACGCCAGGGUCGUGGGUUUGAUUCCCACGGGGGGCCAGUAUGAAAAAAAAAUAAUGUAUGCACUCACUAACUGUAAGUCGCUCUGGAUAAGAGCGUCUGCUAAAUGACUAAAAUGUAAAUGUAAAAAUGUGUUGUGUCGAUACUCUAACUGCUCCUGUGUCUUCUACUGCCCUCUGUAGGAUGAUAGUGGUAGUGGUGCUUUUGCUGCUGUUGCUGCUGCUGCUGCUUCUUCUGCUGCAGCACCGGCUGCCAAGCCUGAUCAAAGCCGCACCAGUGCCUCCAUCGGUGGUGGUGGUGGUGGAGGAGGAGGCCUGAUGGGUGAGAUGGCAUCCAUCCUGGCACGGAGGUAGGUGGCACUGAAGAGCGCACUCCUAUAAAUGAACAGAUCCAUACACCCCAGUCUAGAGCGCUGUGUAUGCCCCUCUAUGGCUCUGAUCUGGCUUAGUGAAUCUUUAAGUGUUGUAUCACGCUCUUACUCUCCUUUUAUGUCUGUCUGUCUUGUUCAGGAAAAAAAUGGCAGACGGUGGGGCUAAGCCACCUGCUAAGACAUCAGAUAAUGUAAGUAUUUGUUCAUUUAUUGGCCAACUAUGUUGUGAAUACAUAAUUGAACAAUUUCCAUGUAGUCAGAAAACACUCAAGUUUGGCUGGUCUAACUCUGUUUCCUGUCUCCCUACAGGGUGACUCAGAGUCUCAAGGCCAAACUGGUGAGAACUGCGUGUGUCUGUGUGCCAGUCUCUGUUUUGUUUGUACCUAGGAAGACAAAUCUGCUUAAUAUUUGACUUUUAUAUGGUUUUGAUUUAAAAUAUGCCUGUCUCCUUUUUAGACACUCUUGGAAGAAGACCUUGGGAGAAAUCAGCCACUAUGCCCAGGUAAGGUUUCAGCUUCCUAUGCUCUCUCUGUGUCUGUAGUAAGAGCAGCCUGUGUGGACGUAUGCCAGUCUCAGAAUUCAAAGAGGUGUGUGUGUGUGUUGAUGAAUUGGUUGCUUCCCAUUCUAAGAGCAGAGUGUGUGUCUCACAAACAGGAAUAAUGUCAUCUCCAAGAGCAUGGACUCCACCUCUCCCUUGCCCCAGGGUCCCAGGUACAAAGUCGCUCCCAUGACAAGAAAACAGGACUGAUGCUUUCCUGCUCUCCCUAGCAUACCGUCCCACUUCCCUUCUCUCUGUCAGGUCAACAGGGACACAGCUUCAGAGCGUGGUGCUGGGCCAUUGUACUGUUGACAGCACCACCUAGUGGAAUGCAGAAGGCUAUGACUACUGUGACAGCCUUUAUCAUCUCUGCUCAAAAAGCUGCAGGAUUCCAUUCUGAUAUGUGAAUUGAUAUUUAUUUAUUUUAUUUGUAUUUAUUUAUUUGCACCAAAGAAAACAAGUGAUAGACAACAAUACAGAUACAAAAAUAUAUGUAUUUUUUAAACGGUGUGCAGGUGAGGUUGGUAGCCCAAGGGCUUAUAUGAAAGCCACACCACAAAAAAACUAUAUAAAAUACAUAAGUACAAAAAUAAAAAAGGUUUGUAAAAACAGAUAACAAAACCUACUAAUUAUAAAUGUAUAAAUUAAUUGAUCAGUAAUCACGAUGUUUAGAUGUUUCAAAUCAAAUUUUAUUUGUCACAUUCACGUGUUUAGCAGAUGUUAUUGCGGGUGUAGCGAAAGGCUUGUGCUUCUAGCUCCGACAGUGCAGUAAUAUCUAACAAGUAAUAUCUAACAAUUUCACAACAUAUACCCAAUACACACAAAUUUAAGUAAGGAAUGAAUUAAGAAUAUAUACAUAUAUGGACAAGCAAUGACAGAGCGGCAUGGACUAAGAUAUAGUAGAAUAUUAUAGAAUACAGUAUAUACAUAUGAGAUGAGUAGUGCAAAAUAUGUAAACAUUAUUAAAGUGACUGUGUGUGAGUGUAUGAGAGUUAGGCUAUAUGGAGGAGAUUACUGGUUAGUCAGGCUGACCCCCAGUUUUCGCUUGAGGUUAUUGAGGGAUGAUGUUUUGGCAAUGUGAAGAUAAGCAUUUCAGAGUAUGGUACCUCUAUAACUGAUAGAGAAUUGACUAUGUGAGUUGGGGCAGUGGGGAGGGUGAAGGUUAUCUUGUGUUUAUAUAGAUGGAUUUCAGAUUGAACCUGGAGGAAUCCAUUGUAGGGUUUAGGUAAACUGUCUGGGAGGUAUGAGUAUUUGUAGAUGAAAGUGCAUAAUUGGCGUACAUUAAUGUCGUAAAUAGACAAAGGUGCAGAUGGAGCCAGGUAAUUAGAGGAGGUGGCUAGUCUUGAGUAAUUUGUGUAGGUAGGAGACGUGUACUGGCCCAGACAAUAUUACAGUAAAUGAGACAUGGGUAAAUUAAACUAUAGUAUAGAGUUAGGAAGCAAGCUUGAUGAACCAAACCACUAAUCUUUCUGAUGAUACCAACAGAUUUCAUCACUUUGCUGCAGACAAAUUGAGUAUGAUCUUUCCAGGAUAACUUUUCAUCAAUUAGAACUCCAAGGAAUCUAGUGGACUUCCAUUUCAUUCCCACCAAUUGAGAUUAUGGCUCUUUUUUUAUAUUUUCUUAUUCAUACUAGUGAAUAUAUUAAAGUUUAAUUUUUUUAAACCAUUUUAAAGAUAAUUUGUUUAUCUGGAACCAUUCAGAAAAUUUGACCAUGUCUGAGUUGGCUUCAUUAAUUAGUGAAUAAAUUGUUCUCUAUCAUAAACAUAACUAUAUAGCCAAUGAUAUGUAUAAUCAUGAAAACUGUAAUAAUGCAAUUUAGAAAGUAAUAUUUAAUCAUCAAACGCUUUGGAUAUAUCUAAAAAGAUGCCAAGAGAGUUUCAAUGUUGUUCAGGGUUGUAAAUAAUUUUUCCACAAGUUGCAAAAGAGAGUAGUUUUUAUGAAAACCAUAUUGGUGCUCAUAUAGACUACAGUGUUGAAACCAUACUGGUGCUCAUAUAGAAUACAGUGUUGCUUUAAAUGUUUCAACUUUCUGUUAUACACCAAUUUUUCUAGGAUUUUAGACAAACAUGGUAGUACAGAUAUUGGGCGAUAAUUUGUAAAAGAUCUUGGAUCCCCAGAUUUAUAGAGGGGGAUAACUUAGGCAAUUUUCAAAUCUUUAGGAACAAUACCAGUUUGCAUAGAUUUGAUGAAGAUAUACGAUAGAGGCUCAGUCGUCGAGGAAGACACUGAUUUCACCAAAGAGGCACCAAUCUCAUCAUGACCUGCUGCUGAUAUCUUUAAGUUACCAAUUACCUCCAACUCCAUUACAUUAGGAGGAUCAAACUGAAGCAGAGAAGGGAAAUGCCCUUUAAUGUAAUCCAAUGGAUUUCCAUCAGUUUUCUCUAUUUCCUUUGACAGAGAGGAACCCACAUUCACAAAACAGGAUCACUAUAGGUCUUAUUUUCAACAAUAAAUUGAGAUGGCAUAGUUGUAGAUGGCUUUUUCUUAUUCAACAGUUGAUUGAUGAUUUUCCAAGUUGACUUUAUAUUAUUUAAGGAUUCUUGGAAUUUGUUAUCCCAUGAUGUAGUAUAGAAUGGAAUGUUGUGUGUUUUGCCUGUCAUUUCUGGACAUGUUGGUGUGGUCAACAGUCAAAUGUCAUUGAAACUUUGAAAGCUAGCCUUGGGUUUUCCACAGAAUGUGGUUUUGUAUGUGUUGUGCUUCCUGAGGCCUCUUUGGCGGUGCUAUGGUGAUGGGUUGGAUUGACAGCGUAGGUUGUCACAGUGACUGUUUGAUCUUAAUCAGUCUCUCCCUUUCUCUCUCUGCCUCCCCUACCCACUCGCUUUCUUUUCCCCCCAUCGCCACACCUCAUCCAGGGUGAAGCAUGCAGGUGGUAGUAAUGAUGCUGGAGGUAGUGAAGAGACCGAUAUGGAGAGGAUUAAACAGGUAAAUAUUAUUUUCUGCUGCACCUCUAAUGCCAAGACUAGUAAAGACAUAUAAUCAUAUGCAAUACUAAGACUGUAAAUGAUCAAAUGUUUUGGUUGCUUCCUGCAGGAGAUUCUUGACGAGAUGCGAAAGGAGUUACAAAAAGUCAAGGAGGAGAUAAUCGGGGGUGAGACUGCAGAUAUUUGUUUUGGGCCACAACCAUGUUUCACACAGAGACUGAUCUAAUGACAUUUGUAUAAAAGUCUAAAGUAAGUGGGGGAAAAGAACAAAGGCACUACUUUUCUUUGUCAGAUGUUGUAUUGAUUGUUUCUUGUCUCUCUCCUGUUCCACAGCCUUUAUUGAGGAGCUACAGAAGAGGGGCUCCACAUAGUUCUGCUAGAGUGGCGGGUGGAAUGGAUAGAGGAGGUUAUGGCCCUGUAUGGACCUCUCCCCUGUCACCCCCUCCAGUGUAGCCCAGGGAUUUUUAUUUCUCUCCCUCACACAUUCUCACAUUCACACACCUACAUAACUGCACACGAAACGUACAUGUUAACGCAGGGAACUGAUUCACAACCACAUUCAAACACAGGACUAGAUCACCUGCUAUCACCCCAGCUGCGAUGACACCACCUCUCCUCGCACAUCCCUUCUUGUAUCCAACUUUUCCUUCAUUUCAUGAGAACCACUGCAGAGCACAUAAUCACGGCUGCUGUUGCUCUUACUCCUUGUCAUGUACAGUUGUAUCUCUCCCCCCAUGUAUCUGCCCCAUAGAAAUCCUGCUCCUACUCACUCCCUUCGUCAGACAGACCAGUGUUUUUACUGGGGUCUUCAGUAUUCAGGGAAGAACAUAUCAUUCAUUCUUGUUACUUUAAUGACAGAGUGGUUGGUUGGCUUUUGUAAGAAUCCUCUUUAACCUGGCACAGCUUCAACCUCAAACACUGCCUUCAAAUAUAACAUUUUAGAUAACCCAAGACAACACAACAUAGGCCUAUCUUGAGAAUGUGUGGUGACGGGAGGACACUACCAGAUCGUUCAGGGACACCAUGGUGGAGGGCUUUCAUCCCCAGAACACACUACUUCCUGCAGGCCUGGUGCACAACAACAAGAGCUUAUACUGCCCCACUGCCUUGAAGCAAGGUCUACCGCUCCCAAGUGGACUGCUCUGUCAAUGGCCAAAAAAGAGACACUACACAAACUUCAAUUCUACAGACUUGGAUAAGUCAGAGGAAACAUGCAAAGGGAAUGUGAUGGACUGCCCGGAGUGCCGUGAGGGAGAAGAGUGCUGUGGUUCUGAGCUAUGGAGGGAAUCCUAGUUCUUUCUGCAUUACACUUGGCCCGGAGAAAGUAUAUUUUGUGCCACUUGCACUCUCAUCUUUACCUUCUGCUCAAAAUGAGACACUAAUCAUUGGCCACUGCAGUGGUCCUAAACUGUACUGUUUUUUCUUUUGUUUUCAGGUGUGUUUUCUAACUACAUUGAAAUAUAUAAAUUAAUAAAAUGGCCAUGACUAAGUCAAUUAAUUGGCCAUGACCAACUGCCUUGGAGUGUGUGUAUGUAUGUAUAUGUGUGUAUAUAUAUAUAUAUACACACACAUCUAUAUAUAUUUGUUUUGAGGGAAAAUGUUAGCAAAACUGUGAUGCUGUUUCUAUUUUAAUUGAGAUGACUGGUGAAUGGGGAAUUGUUUUGAUUGU